AUGCUGGAAGAAGGGUAUGAUAUGUUCUUGCCAAUGGCUAAGAAAGCCGGAUUGGGACCAUUCAAACAAAUGCUAAAGGACGCAAAAGAGGCAAAGAAACGAAGAAAGCAGCUGUUGAUGGAACAGAAAGAGAUGGAGGCCAGCGAAAGAGCGGAGAUCGUCGACGUUAAUCCGAAAGAUAAGGAUUCUGGUUCAAGUGGAACUAAAUGA